AUGGGCCAAAUUCAAACUCCUACGGCUUCCAGCGGCUCUGAACACACAUUCCGAGCAUGGCUGACGGUAAUAGGCGCCUUCUUCACUUUCUUUUGCAGUGUUGGAUUUAUCAAUGCCUUUGGUGUUUUCCAGGACUACUAUGAAUCACAUCAACUGAGUAGCCACUCUAGCUUCGACAUCUCAUGGAUCGGUUCCUUCUCUACUUUUGCGCUCUUUUCUGGUGCUCCUAUCGCUGGUGUUUUGGUUGAUCGUGUUGGACCGACAGUACUUCUCAUAUUCGGCGGCCUGGCAAUGCUUGUGGCCGUCUUCAUGACUUCACUUUGUCAGCAGUAUUAUCAAUUCUUUCUUGCGCAGGCCGUGCUUCUGGGCACCAGUAUGUCUUGUCUCUUCUGUCCGGCGAUCGCGACGGUCUCUCGGUAUUUUCACAAGAACAAAGGGCUAGCCAUGGGGGUGACAGUAGGAGGAUCGUCCGCCGGGGGUGUGGUCUGGCCGAUUGUGCUGAAUGAGCUCCUUAAUAAGGAUGGUGUGACCUUUGGCUGGACGAUUCGCAUCGUCGGGUUUAUUAUGCUCCCACUCCUCGUUCUCGCGGUCUUGACCGUCACCCCACCAGCGAAGAAAGCCGAUGAUGAUCACCAUCAUCAUAUGUUGACUGACGAAGAGGAAAGGAAUAAAAGACACGAGGUAGAUGGAACUCACGAGGUCCUACAAGAGGAAGCCAAUGCACACAAACAGGGUCUCGUUUCGCUUCUUAAAAACACCACCUUCAUGGUGCUCUGCUCGGGGCUUUCCAUUUCCUACCUGGGUAUGUUCAGUCCAUUCUUCUAUGCAACCUCCUACGCGCAGAGCCUGGGCCAUUCCACCAGUUUCGCGUUUUACUUAGUUUCUAUUGUCAAUGCGGCAUCCCUCUUUGGCAGAAUUCUCCCGGGGAUUUUGGCAGAUCGCUAUGGGCAUUUCAAUCUCUGUGGUACAGCAGCUCUGCUAUCUGGAGCCACUGCGCUUUGCUGGACCGCAGCAAAGAGCUCCGGGGGGCUUGUUGUAUGGUGUCUAGCAUAUGGACUUACGUCCGGUGCUAUUAUGAGUCUGCAAUCCGCUUGUGCAGCUCACCUGGCACCACACGAGCUCCAUGGUACAGCAGUAGGACUUCUCAUGGGAUCAGUUGCUUUGACAGCUUUGUUUGGUACCCCCAUUAGUGGCCAGCUGGUCGAAUCUUACGGAUAUCUUGCCUUGUCAAUGUAUGCCGGGGCAUCCCUUGUUGUGGGCGGCAUUCUCAUCUUUGUGGCACGGUUCAAGAUGGAGAGGAGAGUAUUUGCACGGCAAUGA